UAUGACAUCUCUAUCAUAAUAAUCAGAGUUAAUUCUCAAGAACUGACGACAUAAGAUUUAACUUACCAUAUGCCUAAUGUCUGUGUACAUAUAUAUACCUCUCUCCAUAUCUAUGAGACCGACACUGGGACGAUUAUACAUUAAAGAGCCAGAGGAAGAAGCAUACUUCAAGCUCUCUCCUUUCCUCCUCUUCCUCUCCCGCUUCUCCAACCCUAAAAAAUGGAUUUUUAUCCAUCAAUGGAGAAGGAGAAGACCCAGUCCCCGAUCUCCUCCGCCAGCAGCAGCAGCAGUAGAAAUGGAGCGGCGGCGGCGGCGGUUCCGUCAUUGAUCAUUCCCAAAUCAGUGCCAAAGUCUGUGGAUGACAGCGCUUUCGUCACCACCUUUAUCCAGGCCGACGCCGGAUACUUCAAGCAGGCCGUCCAGAUGCUCACCGGCUCCUCCGAAACCGCCGCCAAGCACCACCAUCACUCGGCGCCUCCUCCGCUUCCCGCAAAGAACGGGGUCUCGGUUGCAGCCAUGGCGACGGGGCCGAAGAAGCCGGCGUUCAAGCUCUACGAGCGCCGCGGGAGCCUCAAGAAUCUGAAAAUGAUAAGCCCGAUGAUCCCCAGCUUCGCGGGGCCUUACUCUAGUUCCCCCCUCGGCGCCGCGUUCUCCCCGCGCAGGCAGCCGGAGAUCCUUUCCCCCAGCGUGCUCGACCUGCCGUCGUUGACCCUCAGCCCCGUCACUCCGUUGAUCCCUGAUCCGUUCAACCGGUCGCCGCAGCCGAAUCCGUCACCGGCGGCCGCAAUCUCGGCCGAAGAGCGGGCCAUCGCCGAGAAGGGAUUCUACCUGCACCCUUCUCCUAGGACCACGCCGAGGGACGCGGCGCCACCGACGCUGCUGCCGCUCUUCCCGGUGACAUCGCCGACGGCACCCGCUGCUUCCGCCGCCGCCUCUUCUUCCUGAGAGAUGCUAGCUCCUCGUUUCGUGCUGAAGUGAGUCCGGUGAAACAACUGAAAAUGAAAGAAUUGAUAGGCAAACAACUUUUGAAAUUUCUGAGAAAAUGCAGUUGCAGGUUACGUUGAAUUUAACAACAAAAGUAGAAAAAAUUGGCAAUCUUUUGGCCAAAGUUUCAAGCAACGCUGACAGAUUUGACUGUCACUACUGGAUUAGUUGUUGUUUUUAAUUGAUUAAUCUUAGAGCAGAGAGGUUUCGUCCUGCUUAAUGAGGAUAAGAUUGAAGCUCGUCUUGGUUUCUUAUUCAACAUCUUCCUUGACCAAUUUUACGGUCCGAUUUCUUUUUCAUCGGUUCUCGCAAUAAAUCACGGAAUUGCAGCAUGUUUCGCCAUUUCCCGGGAUAAAUCAUGAAAGUGUUGCAGCCAAUUAUCGGCAGUGAUCCAUAGUCUUCAUCCUCUGAUAAGACCGCCCAAGGCUA